AUGCUUCCGGCGUUUAUCGAGGAUCAUAAGACUACAAAUCGCGGUAGCUUGAGGUUCAACCCCAAGUCCCUUGAAGAAGCAACCACUGCGUCCCCACUCCUAACGAGAUUCAAAACGACACGUGGCAGGUCAGCGCAAUCGAAGAGGUUGAGCUUCGACAAACCUAACGAUGCUUCGACCUUAACCUCUAUAAUCGACUCGGUUUCGAGCUUCGACUCGAGCAAAGAGUCGAACCUGAGAACGACCAGGACCACCGAACGAGGAAGCUUGUUCAACGUCAGGAACGACUCUAGAAGAUCCACAUCGGAGAAAAAGCCCGAGGAGCCUAAGAAAGACCUAGACUCAACGGUCAACAGAAGAAACGGGAAGAGAUAUUUCUCCGAGACCAACGAAGGACCAAACCCGAAAGGCAAUGGCCAGAAAGUCUCCCUUGGAACGUCUAAAGGGUUCGCUCGAAGAUCGUUCAAUGGAAGAGCCAGUGUCACUGAAAGACUGGACAACAAAGGGCCAUCCGUGUUCCUGGCUACCACGGAAUCUUCGAGGUCCAGAACUGGAAGGAAGAUUCAAACGACCUACUCCAUGAAAGACCUGAAGACGCAGAUACCUAAUUCCAGAAGAUACACCAAGAAGUUCGAAGACUUGGAAACGACUACAGUUUCGUUCAGAAGAGAUGGCAGAGGUAGAUCAACGACAGAGAAGACUGAGAGGAGCACCAGGUCUGGUAGAUCAAAGAUUGCGAAUAGAGAGAACAAUUAUAUCACUCGGAGAGGUCCGGAUCCUCUUUUGACAGAGUCUGAGAGCGUUAGGGUCGACAUCCCUUUCGAGGUUGGUAGCACGGAAACACCGUUUCCUGACGCAACCACUGCGUUUACUACGGUUGCGCAGAGGAGAUCAGACUCCAAAGAGUCGAUCAGGUCUAGUACAAGAACGGGAUCUGAAAGACCGAAGAAUCGUGGACGAGUGAGCGACUCUGAGGCUGCUGGGUCGUCCAAGUCUGGUGCUCGAAGAGGAUCUUCCAAGUUCAGCGAUUCGACGACCACUGAGCCAGAUGAGCAGAUAGUUAGUUCGAGGAAAAACGCGUUUCCCAGGGAUCGCUCGAGAGGUGCAGAUGUCAGGAAGAAUUCCGUGAUCGAGUCCAGAUCGAGGUCUAGGGGCAGAAAUUUGGAGAACAACGUGAAGCCUGUUCCGAGUGGCAACUUGGAGCGAGAUGCGAAACGCAAGGUGGCUGGAGAGAGGAAUUCUUCGGAGAGGAGGUCGAGAAUUCUUGAUGCUAACUUCAGAUCUGCCGAAAUUCGUGGACAGGACGCUCAGGACUUGCGCGGAAGGUCGAGGAAUAGGCCGAAAUUGGAAGCUACCACGCCUGUUAUAACGGAUGUUACCUCAACUGUUGCGCCAGAUACAACAGUCUCCAACGACGUAACAACUACCGAGUCUGAGGCCACGAAUACGACAAUAAAACCAACUACCCCAGCACCAACCACUUCAAGUCCAAGAACAACGACGAGACCAGCCUCGACUUACACCUCGACUUCCACCUCGACAACCGAAUCACCAAGUCGAGGAAGAGGAAGAGGUAGAGGCAGUCAAGGAAGAAAACAGAAGGAAGACUUCUUCAAUCAUGGACUAGGCUUCAGGGGUCGUAAGCCUUCGCCAGAAGGAUCAUCCAACGUAUCCGACUCCAGAAGAUUUAGCCCUUCUAAAAACGAUUCGUACGGAAACCCGGGCUGGACCCUCAGAAGGCGGCCAGCUCAUGUGAAUAACUUUGAGAGAACUGAGAACACGUCGAGGACCGUCGUACCCUCGCCGAGGGAUCAGACAAACGAGGUGAUACCUCCGAACGAGCAAUCGACCAGCACCGAGGCUUCAACGACAACCGAAAGUUCCACGUCCACCACGAGAAAGGGAUUCAAGAAGCCUCAGCUGAAUGUAGAGACUUCCACGGUAGCUGGAGUCACCACCAAGAGCAGCAGAAGGGGCAACAAAACCUUUGGAUUCGGCAAGGGGUCCGGGGAGUAUGAAGAAAGCGAUAAUUAUCCGCCCGAGUUUAAGGCGAGGCUGAACCAGCUGAAGAAUAUCAACACGAAAAUACCAGCUCCAAAUACCACCUCUAGAUCGCCAUUGGAGGAACGACGGAAGAGUAUCUAUGGCCGGCGCUCGAGGAACAACUCGAGGGCGUUCGAGCUUCACGACCUUGAAACCUCAGCUUCAGGGAAUGUAAUGACGGACGAAAAUUUAGUCGUGAAUCCCUUAACGUUGAUAAAUGGCACAGGAUUGCGACGCGUUAAAAAGUCGUCGGCCGCUUUGUUCGCUGAAAGAUCGAGGAUGAAGCUGGAACUGGCUAGGAGGUUAGUGAAGCCAGAGUUGAACAUCGAGGAGAAUGAUCUCGACGCAACCACGGCCUCCUCUUUCAGCAAACCGAAGCCAAACGGCGUACCGAUGGUCAAUGAGACGAGCAAGGUAGCCAAGUACCCUAAGCCCGCCGCGACGGGGCGCAGGUCCCCCACGUCCGUAGAAAAUUCGCGGGACGAGGUGAGCGCGAAAGCCUCGAAGCUAGCUGGAUCGAGGAAGGGCCUCGAGGACUCUUCUAAGGUUACCGGCAGACCGUACAGUUUAAAGAAAGAACGGAUCAUAGCGGAGCGAAUGGUCACUUCUAUCUCGAUCGAAAAGAAAGCCACCGUGGAAGAUACCACCAGACCGUACGUAUUAUCCACCAACCAGCCCGUGAUACGUUCCGUGGAAGAUGGAUCGGUGGGGACCAUCGACUCCACUAGAAUUCGCGUGGCAAAUGGCUGUGGGGGGAAAAAGUCGAAGGAAGAGGACUCGACGUGGAAACAUGCCAAGGUUUCGCUCUACUCUACCCGCUCCGUCGAAAACAGCGAUCCCGUCACUACCGUCAAACCUAAGAUACCCUGUUCCUAUCAGUCGCACAAUAGCAAAUCGCAAGACCAGUCUACGACGAUCGAACAGACUUCGACGACAUCGGUGCCUAAGAAGUCUUACACCUCCACGCAAAGGAAGCAGCAAACUUCCCAGGAAGAGGGAUUUGGAAAGAAAUCAAAGUUCAGUAGCAGCGCCACCAAGCCCACCUUUAGACCCCGGUAUAGCAAGCGAACCAAGCAGAAGUCCGUCGACGAGAAAACCAUAGAUUACCAAGUUACGGUCACGAUGAAAGUACCGAUGGCUACUAGCAGAUAUUCUAGGAAAAAAUCCGCAGUGAAUGCUGCCGAUGAGAAGUCGAAAUCGGCCACGUCACAGGGACCACCUACGCAGACCAGGAAGGCCGAGUUCAGACCUAGAACCGCGACCUAUCGAAGGCACUCGGAGGUUCCGACGACGUUGGUGGAAUCUUCCACCAGAGUCGACGGCGCUGGAGUCGCCAUCACGCCCAGAUCGUCAAAGUACCACGCCACUAUGAAGACCACCACGGUAUCCCCUCGAUCGGUAGCGCAGGAACCACAGGUAAACCUAAGGAUUGCUAACGAGUCGACGCCAGAGACACCAGGGAUUACCGGCAGCAGCAAUGGCGACAGCGGUAACACGAAUAUCUUCAAUCCUACCAGAAGCACGUUCCUCAGUGGGAAUAGCACACUGUUGGAGCAACUGAGGAGCACCGUCGCACCCCUGUUGAGCUCCCUUGGUAACAAGACACCUGUGUUCUCCGGAGCUUACAGCAAUGUCAACACUGCGAAUUCGCCUCCCAGAAUCACCCCUAAUGGACAACCACCCCGCUUUAGUGCGAGAUACAAAGGAGCGGAAUUGUUUAUCAGAAAGCAAAAUAAUAUUUACCAGCCCACUGUGCCAUCGAUCACUAGUUCUUCAACUACACCAGUUACACCCGUAGAGAACUCUGGCUUGCCACCACCGAUCGAUGUCUCGAGUCCUGGAGAACCAAGAUUUUUGACCCUUUAUCAGGCAUUGGAGUCAGUCAGCGUGAGGAAUGAACAGUUACAGGGAAACGCGAGCAUGCAGCGUGAAGAGCAAGUUGGCAUGGUUCCCCAGGUAGACUCUAACGCCGCUGUCGCUAACGGCAUCGGCGAUAAUGCUAACAAUGACACCACAAGCCCCACUGUAGCGACCUCCAGCCCACAGACCCCAGACACCACCGCGAACACUAUUCAGGACAGCACACAGACCCCGAGAUUACCCGAGGACACGGAGAACUCCACCCCCGCGGUUACCACAGGAGCCCCUUCUGAAACCCCUUCGACGACUGAACCGGUUUUCACGAGCACAGAACCGUCCUCUAGUACCGAACAAGCCUCCACCAGCACCGAAUCGCUCGCCGAUAACGAGCAAGUUUCCACGAGUACAGUUUCAUCCUCCACCACCGAACAGAUUUCCACAAAUGCCGACACGAUGCCCGUGACAGAACAGACUACCACGGAGUCGCCCUCGAGGACUACAGAGGCAACCACGAUGAACGUCGGAGGGGCAGUGGACUCUCGACUAUCUGCACAGGUUGAUAACAGCACGACGAAUCAAGAACUCGUAAGUUCCACGACGGAUGCUCCCAUGACUACGAGUUCUGCACCUGAAGUUAGCAGUACAGAGCUGGAUGAGAGCACCAGUACCACUGUUGCGAGUACCGAAGCGCAAAACACGGAAGCUCAGAGACUAGUCAGCGAGGCUAACGUUACGUCCAGGGUAGACGUUUCGGAGAAUACGAUAGAGACGACUACUGCUUCGAUGAUGGUCACCACCACGCAAGUCACCACGUCCGAAAAUCCCGAGACCAAUACUAUACCGUUGUCUGAGACGACUGUGACUCAGACGGUAGAGGUUAGCUCUACUACCGAGACCCCGACAACCGAAGCAGAAUCGAGUAAUAUGAUCGAUGUAGAGACUACCACGGCGAUACCUACGUCCACGACUCGAAACAGGCUGAUAGAUUUCGCGCAGGAUAUUCUGUCCCGAUUGCAAGCGUCCAUGUCCACAUCCACGGUGCCCACUCAAGAUUCCACGACCACGAUAUCUCCCGCGACUGAAAUAUCCAACGUGAUACCAGAUUCGAGUAGUAAUAGUAGUGUGGAGUCUUUAUCGCAGUUGAGGAGUGAAACGACGACUGUUCAAGGAGAGUCGACUACUCUGUCGUCAGUCAUGACGGAGCAGUCGAGUUUAAGAACGGCUGAAGAAGUAACUACCCAGAGCGCAGUAGGUUCAAUCAGUACUCCGUCACCCACAAUGGUACCCACUCCAGGAGCCAACACGCAGGACGAAAUAAAUGCAUUCACAAUCACGACACCAGCAACAAUGACAACAGUAACAAGCACACAAGACUCUCAGACAGUUUCGAGCACAGAUUCGACCACUGUAGGCGAUUCGAACGGUUCUUCGACGCCCUUAGACGUUGAAGUAACCUCUGCGUCCACGACCACAUCCACCAAUGACACUUUACUAACAGAGUUAAUGUCCAUUGCUAAGACACUCUUUACGGAAGGGAUAAACGAUACCCAACAAGAGACGCCAGGUCAAAAUUCGAACGUCACGGCUAGAUUAGGGAACUUAAUGGCAAACGAGAUAGACCGACCGAGUUUAUCGAGCGACGUACUCAGUACGACAGAAACUGCAGAGUCAUCGUCUAUUCCCCCAGAUGUCACGACUGAAAGCGUAGAGUCAUCGUCGACCACUAUAGCUAUGUCAGAGUCUUCUACUUUCUCGAUUGAUCCUUCUCAGAACGAGCUGAACUCCACAGACCCUACAACGACCGUAUCUUCUGAAAGUACGACAGACACACCGACAACAACCCCUCAGAGUAACGCGGCAGACGGUGAAGUAGAAAGCGUACAGACGACCGAGUCUACGUCGGUAGGACCCCUAGCCGAGAUCAUAGAGUCGACAACCUCCUCGUUCAUGACAGAAACCGGGUCAGAAGUCACCCUGUCGAACAGAGGUCCUGACACCACGACUCAGACACAGACAAUCAUCAGUACAACACAAAGCUCAGACACGACAGUCACACCUACCACGAAUUUUGAACUAACUACUAACACGUCCGAUUUGUCUUUGUCUAAUCUUAUCGCGACGACCAAUCCUACAACGGCUUCCGAACCAGGCACAGAGAGUGUCACUGAGCCCGCGGGAACCAGUAUACCAUUAACCAGUACUACAACUGUAACCUCACAGCUUGUGACAGAUACCACCACUAAUCAAUCCGAAGUAACCACCGUAACCCCAGAAACUACACCCUCCUCUGUAAAUACAAUCACGCCAUCUACAUCCCCAGAAACGAACACAGAGCAAACCACCAUGACGCCUACCGUAGCAUUGGUUCAACGUGUAAAUGACGUAGAUGUGGAAACUAACCCAACCACAGAGCUCACGACUCAGUUGGCAUCCUUGACCACAGACACCUCUGGUAACGAAAUCCUCGAAGCCACCACGCCAUCAGUUGCAACCACUGCGCCGCUGGAUGUUAGUUCCAUGGAUGACACAGGGGUCACUACUAACCAGUCCCCUCUAACAUCGAGUACAAUGUCCGCCAUGGAAACCACUACUAAUCCGCCCAGCGAAACAGCAAAUUUCCCCCAAACAACCCCGACCCUCGAAAACGAAACUCCAACUGUUGUUGCCCGUUUCCAGGAUUCGACAUCAGCAACCGCCCAAGGGACGGCAGGUUCAGGAAUCGGCCAAACGACCGAGAUCAGUACCAUGAUCCCAGAUUCUUCGACCACUCCGUCAUCAACUCCAGAAUCCUCUACCUCAUCGCCUCCCGAGUCCUCUCUCAUCAGAACCACUUCAUCCUCGGUCGAGACGACGACGACGGCGACGAUGACGACUGAGACGACGACGUCGACGAGUACAGGUACAUCGACUCCUCAGACGACGAGAAUGGACGUCGUCACGGUCACUCCGAUGACAGAGACCACGACGCCAGUCGAUAUAGCUGAGAAUCUCGUGUCUACCGAAGCUGGGACCAAGGUUUCGUCAGAAAGUACCACUGUGCCCACGAGUUCCGAUCAAGCUUCCACGAACGAUCCCACGAGCACCACUCCUGCGAACACUGCCAUGCAAAUGACCACUGUGCAAACUACACCAGGAGUGACCGUGUCUACAACCACGAGCUUUCCUACUAGACCUCUGGAUCCCACGACACCCUACGUGGGUCGAUUCGGUGGCAGCAGACUGACACCUGCACCACGCUUCAGCCUCAGCUCCACUACCAAAGGUCCGCUACGAGACUACCUGGUGUACGGUAUCUAUCCGAACAAAACGAUCGUGAGAAAGCGGCCAGAGGAUAACCUGAUAGAUGCUAGGAACGUGGACAGCCCGUACGUGAUAUUCGGUAUCUUCCCGGACGGCAAGCUGGUCCGGAAAUUCCCGAAUGGAACGAUAAUACCGGAUCCACCUAGGAGCCCCGUCGAGGUUGUGUUCUCACUUAGCACUUCCACUACCACUAACAGGCCACCACCCAGACCGUAUUAUAACCAGGCUAACCAAGGCACUUACAAUCAGUAUCAAGGCCCGGUGUACAGUAAUAACGGUAGACCUGUCGCUGAACCGAUGAGAAACGUCCAAAGUCCCGGCACCGUUGAUCUUGGCCUUACUGGUAACGCGAUCGUCGGCCCCAAUGGAGGUGGACCCGAUAAUACGGGGCCACUUGGUACCCCUGCUAGCGUCCCGAGCACCAACGAAAUGAGCAAUGCCCUGCUGAAUACGCAAAUGGGGACAACGUCGGUGACGCCGAUAGUAAGUACCGGUCGACCGCCGACCGAUUCGCAGGGCGGUCGUAUCGUCCAAGAUCGAGAGAGGGACGAGGCCACCAGGACGAAAGAGGCCGGAGGUCAACGCAGCUCCGUGUACAUCGGACAGGACAAGUUCGUCAAUUAUUGGACCGAUGGGGCUUCCACCUCUAACCCACGCGUUCUCAGUGUGAAUAUAAACUCAGUAGCUAGUGCUGCAAAUGAUGGACCAUCAACGUCCAUACCAUCGUUUGAAAAUCUACUGAAUAAUCAGCCACGAGGUCAAGUCACAGCUCCGCCUGGGUUCCCAUGGAGAGAUCCUUUAGACCAAAUCUUUGGUAUUACUACCUCCUCGCCAGUAAUCUCAGCGUCAGUGGCAUCAAACACUUUGGACGAUUCAUCCGAACCAAACGGUCCAGUGUUGGCACGCCCGAUCAAUCCAUUUGUCGAGGUUUUCACACCAUUUUCCAGCGUGAUUGGUGUUCCAAGAGGCAACGUUGGGACCGUUCCUCCACCGCCAUCAUCAACAACUCCUGCGUCCACAACUACCAACAAUACUCCUGCACCUACUACUACCAUUACAACCGGACCAACGACAACAACCACAACCACAAUGGCACCAACUACGAUCACAACCAUAACCACGAUGGCACCGACUACAACGACCACAACCACAAUGGCACCAACGACAACAACUACAACUACCGUUACAACCACAAUGGCCCCAACGACUACUACAAUGACAGCACCUACUACCACUACACAGGCUACAACUGCUCAAAGAGCGAAUAUUGUAUCCCAAGUAGGAGCUGAUUCCGGAACAUCUGCGUCUCAGAAAAAUUCGUUUAAUUUACCAAAGAAUUUGUUGCACCCGCAACAGCAAAAUGCUUUUGGUACUACGUUUGAUGACUUGGCUUUUUUAAAUUCAUUAUUGCAGAGUAAUUCGAGGAGUACCACUCCGAAGACACUCACGCACGUUGAACAACUUUUGGCAAAUAAGAUCCUGGCACUAGCGUUGAAGAAUGCAGGACCAACUCGAGCUCCAAAGGCUAUCGACAUCAACAGCGUUUCGUCAAAUUCGAUAUUCGGGUCGGCAACAAAGUCUCCAUCAGAGCCAAUAGUGAUCGACUUGAGUCCAUCGUCGACAGUCUCAUCGGUAACGUGGGCCUCAUUGGACACACAGCAGCCGACUAGUCAAAGACCGAUCGUUAACUCGACACCUGAACGAGUAACCUGGAAACCAGUAAGGUCCACCACGACCAAGAAAGAUAUCGAGAUAAACACGAUUUUCCCGUCGACUGCGAUUAAAUCAUCUCUGAUAAGCACCACCAAAGCUCCUGUAACCGUGAAGGCUAAACCAGCGACCACUCCACGUGUAACAACCACGAGUCCAGCGCCGUUUGGCUUCGCUGGAUUACUCUGGCAGACUCUUCUUGGUGGAAGUAUGUUCGGACCGUUGACCACUCCUAAGCCUGUGAAAGCUAAACUGAUAAAGACCACACAGAAAUCGGUGAAUAUUACGCCGAAACCGAUCCAAAGCACGCAGAAACCGACCCAAAGCACGCAGAAACCGACAACAACGACGGUUCCUUCGACCACGACUAUGAAAACUGUGGACAUCUCAAAGAUUCACGUGAAUACUCUGAAUUCGAUUGUAAAGGACACGGUGUCCUCGACUAAGCUGCCUUUAUUGAAUAAUCCGAACACAAGGUUGCCUAAUAUGGUGUCCACGUAUACGUCCACGUAUUCUCCUGAAGAGGAUGCGAAAUUCUUGGUUGAGCUGCUGCGUGCUGUUGAACAGGAUAACAAAGUUAGUGACUCGAGAAAAGCACCAGGAUUAUAUCAGGACGACGAAUCCUUCUUAAAAGCGAUUUUAAGCGGACGAGCUUACACAACAACAACAACUCCACCACCAACAACGGAAAUCAGUAAUGCUGCUUUGUUAGCGGCACUGCUGAAGGCUCGAGGGAUAGAACCAUCAACGCCACCCACUAAUAUCAGACAGCAGUUGCUGUCAGCGAGCCUCGGGCAGAGCGUCACCUCUGCUCCGGCCAGCGAGGCUACGAUAAUUACGACAAGGCCUGUACCGACUGCGAGCCGAACUACGAAUAGGGCGAAGAAGACGGUGACACCGAGACCAACCUCGGGACCAAGGAUACGCAGCACGACGUGGUCGCCGAGCUCGACUUAUCCGCCACCUCUGUUCAGCUCCUUCUCCAGUUACGAUUCCUCGGCGCAGUCAGCCAGUGGCGAUAAUUCUGGAAAUAGCGCGCUGUUCGGUGCUACUAGAGCGUUCAGUCAGUUUCUCGGAGCCGCGAUAAGCGGAGCUGCUCAACAAUUGCAAUCGUUGGUCAGAAACGGCACCAAAAUCGUGUCCGAUGUGGUGGGAUAA